UCGACGGCUCGCUUGCCGUGGCCGCCCGAGAGUCUUAAUCGCGGGCGCUUGGGCCGCCAUCUUAGAUGGCGGGAGUAAGAGGAGAACGAUUGUGAGGUGGGAAGGGUUUUCUGCUGCAUUCCUUGGGCCCCGAAAAGGGUCAGCUGGCCGGGCUUUGGGGCGCGUGCCCUGAGGCGCGGAACGCGUGUGCUAUGAUGCGGGGGCUACUCGGGGCUCCGUCCCCUGGGCUGGGGACGCGCCGAAUGUGACCGCCUCCCGCUCCCUCACCCGCCGCGGGGAGGAGGAGCGGACGAGAAGCUGCCACCGGACGACAGGACGUUGGGGCGGCCUGGCUCCCUCAGAAAUGCCUCCGAAUGCAACAAUUCACUGAAAUUAUUUCUAGGGGUGGACCACAGGGUGAGGAGCCUGAAUUGACUAUGUGGAGUUGAAAAUACCUUUAUCACAACCCUGUAUUCUUCUGGAUUAUGAGCAUCAGAAUAAAUGAUAUAAGAUUCCUGUGUAAGGUCACUUCUCAGCAGUUCAUUAGGAAUUCCACAAGGAGGUUUAAGAAUUGUUUAAGCUGCAUCAAUGGAGCACAUACAGGGAGCUUGGAAGACGAUCAGCAAUGGUUUUGGAUUCAAAGAUGCCGUGUUUGAUGGCUCCAGCUGCAUCUCUCCUACAAUAGUUCAGCAGUUUGGCUAUCAGCGCCGGGCAUCAGAUGAUGGCAAACUCACAGAUCCUUCUAAGACAAGCAACACUAUCCGUGUUUUCUUGCCAAACAAGCAAAGAACAGUGGUCAAUGUGCGAAAUGGAAUGAGCUUGCAUGACUGCCUUAUGAAAGCACUCAAGGUGAGGGGCCUUCAACCAGAGUGCUGUGCAGUGUUCAGACUUCUCCACGAACACAAAGGUAAAAAAGCACGCUUAGAUUGGAAUACUGAUGCUGCCUCUUUGAUUGGGGAAGAACUUCAAGUAGAUUUCCUGGAUCAUGUUCCACUCACAACACACAACUUUGCUCGGAAGACGUUCCUGAAGCUUGCCUUCUGUGACAUCUGUCAGAAAUUCCUGCUCAAUGGAUUUCGAUGUCAGACUUGUGGCUACAAAUUUCAUGAGCACUGUAGCACCAAAGUACCUACUAUGUGUGUGGACUGGAGUAAUAUCAGACAACUCUUAUUGUUUCCAAAUUCCACUAUUGGUGAUAGUGGAGUCCCAGCACUACCUUCUUUGACUAUGCGUCGUAUGCGAGAGUCUGUUUCCAGGAUGCCUGUUAGUUCUCAGCACAGGUAUUCUACACCUCACGCCUUCACCUUUAACACCUCCAGUCCCUCAUCUGAAGGUUCCCUCUCCCAGAGGCAGAGGUCGACGUCCACACCUAACGUCCACAUGGUCAGCACCACCCUGCCUGUGGACAGCAGGAUGAUUGAGGAUGCAAUUCGAAGUCACAGCGAAUCAGCCUCACCUUCAGCCCUGUCCAGUAGCCCCAACAAUCUGAGCCCAACAGGCUGGUCACAGCCGAAAACACCCGUGCCAGCACAAAGAGAGCGGGCACCAGUAUCUGGGACCCAGGAGAAAAACAAAAUUAGGCCUCGUGGACAGAGAGAUUCAAGCUAUUACUGGGAAAUAGAAGCCAGUGAAGUGAUGCUGUCCACUCGGAUUGGGUCAGGCUCUUUUGGAACUGUUUAUAAGGGCAAAUGGCAUGGAGAUGUUGCAGUAAAGAUCCUAAAGGUUGUUGACCCAACCCCAGAGCAAUUCCAGGCCUUCAGGAAUGAGGUGGCUGUUCUGCGCAAAACACGGCAUGUGAACAUUCUGCUUUUCAUGGGGUAUAUGACAAAGGACAACCUGGCAAUUGUGACCCAGUGGUGCGAGGGCAGCAGCCUCUACAAACACCUGCAUGUCCAGGAGACCAAGUUUCAGAUGUUCCAGCUAAUUGACAUUGCCCGGCAGACGGCUCAGGGAAUGGACUAUUUGCAUGCAAAGAACAUCAUCCACAGAGACAUGAAAUCCAACAAUAUAUUUCUCCAUGAAGGCCUAACAGUGAAAAUUGGAGAUUUUGGUUUGGCAACAGUAAAGUCACGCUGGAGUGGUUCUCAGCAGGUUGAACAACCUACUGGCUCUGUCCUGUGGAUGGCCCCAGAGGUGAUCCGAAUGCAGGAUAACAACCCAUUCAGUUUCCAGUCGGAUGUCUACUCCUAUGGCAUCGUAUUGUAUGAGCUGAUGACGGGGGAACUUCCUUACUCUCACAUCAACAACCGAGAUCAGAUCAUCUUCAUGGUGGGCCGAGGGUAUGCCUCCCCAGAUCUUAGUAAGCUAUAUAAGAACUGCCCCAAAGCAAUGAAGAGGCUGGUAGCUGACUGUGUGAAGAAAGUAAAGGAAGAGAGGCCUCUUUUUCCCCAGAUCCUGUCUUCCAUUGAGCUGCUCCAACACUCUCUACCGAAGAUCAACCGGAGCGCUUCCGAGCCAUCCUUGCAUCGGGCAGCCCACACUGAGGAUAUCAAUGCUUGCACGCUGACCACGUCCCCGAGGCUGCCUGUCUUCUAGUUGACUUUGCACCUGCCCUCAGGCUGCCAGGGGAGGAAGAGAAGCCAGCAGGCACCACUUUUCUGCUCCCUUUCUCCAGAGGCAGAACACAUGUUUUCAGAGAAGCUGCUGCUAAGGACCUUCUAGACUGCUCACAGGGCCUUAACUUCAUGUUGCCUUCUUUUCUAUUCCUUUGGGCCCUGGGAGAAGGAAGCCAUUUGCAGUGCUGGUGCGUCCUGCUCCCUCCCCGCAUCCCCCAUGCUCAAGGCCCAGCCUUCUCUAGAUGCGCAAGUGGAUGUUGAUGGUAGUACAAAAAGCAGGGGCCCAGCCCAGCUGUUGGCUACAUGAGUAUUUUGAGGAAGUAAGGUAGCAGGCAGUCCAGCCCUGAUGUGUAGACACAUGGGAUUUUGGAAAUCGGCUUCUGGAGGAAUGCAUGUCACAGGCGAGACUUUCUUCAGAGAGUGGUGCAGCACCAGACGUUUUGCACAUAAGGCACCAAACAGCCCAGGACUGCCGAGACUCUGGCUGCCCGAAGGAGCCUGCUUUGGUACUAUGGAACUUUUCUUAGGGGACACAUCCUCCUUUCACAGCUUCUAAGGUGUCCAGUGCAUUGGGAUGGUUUUCCAGGCAAGGCACUCAGCCAGUCCCCAUCUCGGCCCUCUCAGGGAGCAGUCUUCCAUCAUGCUGAAUUUUGUCUUCCAGGAGCUGCCCCUAUGGGGCGGGGCCGCAGGGCCAGCCUUGUUUCUCUAACAGCCUUGUUUCUCUAGUCACAUCAUGUGUAUACAAGGAAGCCAGGAAUACAGGUUUUCUUGAUGAUUGGGUUUUAAUUUUGUUUUUAUUGCACCUGACAAAAUACAGUUAUCUGAUGGUCCCUCAAUUUUAUGUUAUUUUAAUAAAAUAAAUUAAAUUUA